AUGGUUUUUGAUGCAAGUGCAAGACCUGAUCAUUCAUCUAAUAGUAUCAAUGAUUGCAUGUACAAAGGCUUAGCAAUACAACCACAUCUAUGGGACAUAUUGAUAAGAGCAAGAAUGUCACCAUGCAUACUCCUUGGAGAUGUGCAGAAAGCGUUUUUGCAAAUAGGAAUCAAAAGUGAAGACAGAGAUGCUUUCAGAUUUUUGUUCACUUUGGGAGGUAAAGAGGAACACUUGUGUUUCCUGAGGGUGCCCUUUGGCACAGAAGCCAGCGCUUUCAUGCUAGGAGCUACACUUGUGUAUCAUUAUGAUCAUUGUGACACACCAGAAUUUGAAGAAACUGUCAAAAUGCUAAGAGAAAGCACUUACGUAGACAAUUUGAUGGCAACAGGGGAAAGCUGUGAGAGUUUACAGAAAUUCAAACAACAGUCAACAGCAAUUCUUGAAGAUGCAAAGUUUCCUGUGCAUAAAUGGGAAUCAAAUUUAGCAGAGCUUGAAAGCGAGGAGAUGAAAAACCCCUCCACAAUUUUAGGCCUAAGCUGGGACAAAAGAGAAUAUAUUUUAGAAAUUGAGAUCAACAAAAAUGCAGAGAAAAAUCCAGUAACCAAAGCAAGUAUGCUAAGUCAAUUGAGCAGAGUAUAUGACCCACUUGGUAUUGUCUCACCAACACUUGUAGAAGGAAAAAGAUUGUACAGAGAAGCUUGUGAUGAAACAAAAGGAUGGAAUUCAGAGAUAUCAAAGCCUCUUGUCAAAGAUUACUUAAAAUGGGUAGAGCAACUGAAAAAUGUCAAGGUUCCUAGGAAUUUAAUUAAAGACAACAGAAAAGUGAAAGGAAUAAAUCUCCAUAUAUUUGCAGACGCAAGUGCAGUUGCAUGCUCAUCAGUAACAAUUGCAUUAAUACAACAUGAAACAGGCAUUGUGAAAGGCCUUUUGACAUCAAAAUCAAGGAUAUCAAAGCGAAAUACAUCCAUUUCAAGGCUGGAACUAGUAAGUGGACAAAUGGCUGCCAAUAUGGCCAUUAAUGUUCAUAGUGCACUUAAGGGAUUGCCUAUUAUCUCAGUGAAUAUAUGGAUGGAUAGCAUGGUAGCACUUUUCUGGAUUACAAAUCCAGGAAAAUUAUGGAAAGUCUUUGUUGCAAACAGAGCAAGGAAAAUUGCAGAGAUAACAGACAAGCUUGCCAUCAAGUGGAGAUACUGUCCAUCUAACAGUAACAUUGCAGACAUAGGGAGCCGGGGGGCAAAUAUUGAAAAGAUGGUCAAGGGGGAGUGGUUUGAAGGACCAGAGUGGUUACUCUCAGAGAAAGAUUGGCCAGAUCAGCCAGAUUUAAAGAGUUCUUCAGCAGUAAACAGUGAAUUUAAGCCAAUGAAAGAAACAGUAUUUCAUGCAAAUGAAGUGGAAUCAGAUGAAUGGGAACAACUUUUAGAGAGAAAAACAUAUUGGCAGACUUUAAGAACAAUGGCCUGGGGGCUGAGAUUUGUUAAAAACUGUCUAGCCAAGGUGAAAAAGGGAAAACUAACAAAGGGGCAACUGACAACAGAAGAGAUUUUAAGUGCAAGGGAUUACUGGGUGAGAAAGGAACAGAGCAAAAGAACAGAAAUCAAACAGACACCAGGGUACAGAGUUGAGAAAGAAGAGGAGACUGGUUUUGGAGGGACAGUAACCCAACAUAAUUAUGGGGUUAUAGAAAUUGGCUUGGAAACCCCACAAGGUAUCGAACACGUACGCGUUUUAGUUACUGAGGAAAUUGUUCAGCCUCUAGAUCACUCUGGGUAUUCGCAAUUCAAAUCGCACCCCGGUCUUCAAGGGUUAACUUUGGCAAACGACUUUGAAGAAGAUAAGUUUGUAGUUGAUAUUAUUUUGGGUGCUGAUGCCGCUUAUCAUUUUCUUGGGGAAAUUAUUCAAUACGAAGUAGUUACAAAGUACACUGAUGUAUUGUGCGAAGAUAACGAUGCUAGCCAAAAUGUUUACUUUCAAAAUCUUGUUGACAAUGAAAGUUUGCUUAUUCAAGUCGACGACUUUUUCAAGGUCAAAUUGUUAAAGGUUCAGUUCGAAGACGAUUCACGUGGCGGUGAUUCCUUUCCUAGCCAAUCAAGAUUUGACGCUUAUGCUUAUUCGAUCAGUCACGGUUAG